AUGCUCCAGGUAAAUAUUAGCUGGGAGGUUCCCCUCGACAACUCGAACAGUACCAAGCUCAAACGAACCAGCUUCGAAGCAGUACCGCCACAAGACCCCUAUCGAGAAGGGUACUCGCCGAUAUCGACAAACAAGGAUCCUCACCGAGAAGGAUAUUCGCCGAUUUCAUCAAGCAGGGAUCCCAAUCGCGAAGGUUACCAGUCCGUUGCAGUUCCCACGGUAACAGAAUCUCCGGGAGCCGUGCAGAUCCUUCCUCCGUUGACCACAGGUGGUGACAAGCCCGAUACGACCGGCAUCAUAUUCACGAGCCUCGAAACUGGCGGCCGAGUAUCCGAGUUUCCUUUCCUGACAAAUCCCAUUCCGAAUCCGACGUCGUUGAUCGUCCCCUUCGGACCCGUGGCGAUACCAACAAGCACGCCAAAGCCGAACUCAGCAACCCCAAGUCCGGUAGAUACAAGUCCAGCAAAGGCAAGCUCAGCAAAUUCCGGUCCCACAAGAGCACGCCAAGCGGAGACGAGCACGGCAAAGCCAAAUCUAGCGAACACAAGUUCAACAAAGGAAACCACAGCAAAGAUGACCGACAACGCUACAGCAUCUUCCAACAUCUUUGGUGCAGCAAUUGCAACCACUGCACCGCCCUCGGUUUUCCAGGUGCGAAAAGAUCAUCCGGUACCUCGACUUGGAGUCACCGGCAGUCCACCUAUCGGCACCAACAAAUUCUAUGCCAACUUCUUCCUCGGUGGCCAGAACUCUCCGGCAUAUGUGCACCCGUAUUCUCUGGCGUGGGCGAAGGGUCAAGGAGCCACGUCCAGCUGGGGAAUGUCGAUCUCGCAUAUCGAGGCAAACCAGAGAGUGUACGGCCAGGUGCUGCCAGAGACGGGUGCAGCCAGGUAUUUUUUGAGCCCUACUGGGGUGCAGUCCCUGUGUCUGUCGGCUGUGGAACUCGGGUCCACCACUUCUCUGACCACUGACAACCUCAAUUCGCACUCUGUCAAUGUCAACCUGCAUGCCAGUGCUCAAGGGGACCCUCUUAUCACCUAUCCAAUGGUGCAAGGUAUGGGGCUUGUCACGGCGGUCUACAAAGGUAGUACCCCUCAAAUCGAAUCGGGUAUCCUCUUCAAGACAAUCACCAAGUCUAGCAAGGGACCCAAGCCUGGUAUAACCAAGUACUCAAUAACCCUGGAGGACGGCAAGGUGUGGCAUGUCUAUGCCUGCUCCACGAGUGGUGAUGCGCUUGACCUCCAAGUGUCCAGCAGCAAGCUGGCAAAGGCUGCCAAACCAUUCAAUGGCUUCAUCCAAGUAGCAAAAGACCCCGGUGAUGCGGAGGCCAUAAUAGACGCUGCUGCUGGGGCCUAUCCGAUUGGUGCUACGCUAUCAGCCACGGCGUCUGGAUCGAAAGGCACAUACACUCUCACCUUCCAGAAAGCAGGCUUCUCCGACGUCAAGUUGCUGAUGUAUGCCCUACCGCACCAUGUCGCUUCUUUUGACGACAAUACCUCUAAGGCUGCGUCGACAGCGAAGCUGCAGACCACGACCAAGGGCAUGGCGGUGGGAGUUGUUGCUGACUCGUGGACUAUGGUCGAACCAAACAUGCCCGUCUCUAUGUACCUUGCUCCUUGGGACCCUGCCACUGGCUCCAAGACAACCCUCAAGGACUCGUGUGUCAGCACCGUCAGUGCCUCAGCGGUGAAGGAGUUGUCGCAGAACGUCGACCAGCAGUCGAACCAGAACUCGAUGUACUUUAGUGGAAAGGCACUUGCAAAGUUUACAAUGCUGUGUUACACGGCCAACGAUUUGCUGAAGAACCCCAAGCUGGCUCAGAGUGGAUUGACAAACCUGAAAGCGGCUUUCACUCGGUUCAUCACAAACAAGCAACAGUAUCCUCUGUACUACGAGAGUGCAUGGGGCGGUAUUGUCUCUUCGGCUACAUACGAGACUGGAAAUAAUGGUGCCGACUUUGGCAACACUUUCUACAACGACCACCAUUUCCACUACGGCUACUUCAUCUAUGCCGCUGCGAUCAUAGGCUACCUGGAUGCGUCUUGGCUGACCAAGGAGAAUGUCGACUACAUCAACACCAUGGUCAGAGACAUUGCCAACCCUUCGAACACCGACAAGUACUUCCCUGUCUCGCGCAACUUUGACUGGUACCAUGGCCACAGCUGGGCUCAUGGCUUGUAUGAGACUCUUGAUGGAAAGGAUCAAGAAUCAAGCUCGGAGGACGCUCUGGCCGCCUACGCCAUCAAGGUAUGGGGGAAGACGAUCAAAGACGCGAACAUGGAAGCCCGGGGCAACCUGAUGCUCUCGAUCCUCUCGCGGUCCCUCAACGAGUACUACCUGUACAGCUCGGGCAACACGGUGCAGCCGGCCAACUUUGUGGGGAACCGCGUGGCGGGCAUCAUGUUCGAGAACAAGUGCGACCACACGACGUACUUCGGGGGCAACAUCGAGUACGUGCAGGGCAUCCACAUGCUGCCGCUGAUCCCCAGCACCAAGUUCACGCGCCCCGCGGCGUUUGUCAAGGAGGAGUGGGCGGCGCUGUUUGAUAACGGACGGGCCGAGAAGGUCGAUGGUGGCUGGAAGGGCAUUUUGUUUGGGAAUUUGGCUACCGUCGACCCGCAGGCGGCGUGGAGUUUUUUCACGGAUAAGGAUUUUGAUCCGUCGUGGAUUGAUGGCGGGGCGUCGCUUACUUGGUACUUGGCUUAUGCUGCAGCCUUCAUGUGA